AUGCGCACAGCCCAUAGAUUGCUAGCGCAGUUGUCGCGAAAACCGAUUCUGGAGGCGCGGAAGCCGAAAUCCGAUGGAGAAGCGACGUCGUUCGUGGACUUCCGACGCGUUCGGUGCAUUGCCGGCAACGGCGGAAACGGAAUGGUCUCGUUCUUUCGCGGAUACAAGAAACCGUUCGGAGGACCCGACGGCGGUGACGGAGGACACGGCGGACACGUUGUUUUUAGGGGUACUGUGGUUUAGACGCGGCUGAAAUGGGGCACAGAAGAUGUUUUGGAGUCGGCCGGCCCCAAUGAUCCACAUAUCUCGGGACCAGGUGAUCCGAUCGAGCUGAAACUUGGUCCCAAUGGUCCUCAAUCCGAGACCAACAAUCCUGCAAAGUCUUGGCCCGAUCGGAUUAUUGCGAAUGGAUCAAAAGUCCAGGUCAAGGGCCGGCCAACGAAUUGUCGGAGAAAAUGGGCCGAAUUUCUUCAGAGAUGGUUUGGCGUUUGCGAAAAACAAAACUUUAUAGUAUCGACCAGUUUAUUUUAACGAUAAAAAGCGAUACGAUACAUUUAUCGAUCGGUUUUUCGAAUAGCCGCUACGAAUUCGCAAUGUUCUCAAUUUUAAGCGAGUCGCGGCGCGAAGGACCUCUCGCCGGUUCACUCGAUCGUCAGAGCGCACAACGGAGAAUUCGGAAGGUUUUUCUUCUUUCUUCUGCUUAAAAAUGUCCGAAUUUCGGCGUGUUCAGAUCGAAAUCGUGUCACGGAAAGUCAGCGGAGCACAAAGAAGUGAGCGUUCCGUUGGGAACCGUGUUCAAGGCCAACGGAGCGACUGUGUUCGAGCUCAACGGCGAAAAUGAUGUACGUUUUGCAACCGGUCACUUUGCAACUGAAACAACUGAAAAUCUGAUUCUAGAAGGCAUCAUUUCAGGUUUUUUUUUAAAUAGAAAAACCUGUAAUUUAAUCGAAAAAUGAAUCGGAACUCAUCGAAACAAGUUUAAAGCUUCUUUUUUUGUCUAUUUUCAACCUAAUUUGUUCGAUUUCCUGUUUCAGAUGUUCAUUGCGGCUCGCGGAGGCGUCGGCGGUCGCGGCAAUCAGUUUUACGUGUCGAACGAGGUGCGAAAACCGUUCAAAGCCGAGUACGGCGGAAAUGGCGAGGAGGUAAGUGCGCUCUGAUGCAAAUGAAAAAGCACGCGGGUUUUCAGUUGACGUACGAUGUCGAGAUGCGAGUGAUGGCCACCGCCGGACUCGUCGGAUUCCCCAACGCCGGAAAAUCGUACGAUUUUAAGAGCUUCCGAUUGUCAAGCUCCGCCCCUCGUGCCGCUUUUGCUGAAAACCUAAUUUCUGUUCUAAUCUCGCUCUCUUUCGCGAAUUGCGCUUGAUUUCAAUACAUCUUGUGUCGGAAUCGUGUCGGUCACCACACCACAAGAAAAAUAUCGCAAAAAAAGCGUUUCCCUUCGAAAAUUACAAGAAUUUUCUAUUUUCCCCCUAAAAUCCAAUGCUUCCAGCUCUCUGCUGCGCGCGAUCUCCCGAGCGAAACCGAAAGUGGCGGCGUACCCGUUCACGACGCUCCGCCCGCACAUUGGCGUCGUCUUCUACGAGGAUUUCGAGCAAAUCGCCGUCGCCGACAUUCCCGGACUCAUCGAGGACGCCCACCUCAACAAGGGACUCGGCAUCUCGUUUUUGAAGCACAUCGAGCGGUGCCAGUCAGUUGUUUUUUUUUUCGAAUUUUCUAAACCUCGAAUAUUUAUUUGACAGAUCUCUCUGGUACGUGCUGGACUUUGCCACCGGAAACCUCGUCGAUCAGUACGAGAAACUGCGAAUCGAGCUGGAAGGGUACCAAAAUGGCCUCGGAGAUCGCGCUUCGACGAUUGUCGUGAACAAAAUCGAUUUGGCCGAAAAGAGCAUCGAAGUGAGUAUUCGUCAAUUGUCAAUCGAGCGCCUUUCAACUCCAUUUGUUUUGCAGAAAGAACACGAUCGUCUCCGCUCGCUCUUCCCCAAUCUUCCCGUAUUUCCAGUGUCUGCCGAGCAACGGAUAGGGCUGGAGCCACUUUUGGAGCAUUUGAGAGAUAAAUAUGAUAGCAGUUUGGUGGAAUAA